AUGGAAAAAGUCGAUGUUCUGAUUUGUGGUAGUGGAUCUGCUGGUCUUUCUGCUGCCACUUGGCUCGCCAAGUACGGCGUGCGAUGCAAAGUCCUAGAGCGUCGGGAUGGACCUAUGAAGAUGGGCCAAGCCGAUGGCGUGCAAUGUCGCACCGUGGAGAUUUUUGAAAGUUUUGGGGUUGGCGAGGAACUACUUCGCGAGGCUUACCAUGUUCUAGAAGUCAACUUCUGGGCCGAUGAUGGCGAAGGCAUCAAGCGAACCGGGCGAACGGCAGAUACUCAGCCUGGUCUAUCACAUCAACCUCAUGUCAUUUUGAAUCAAGCACGUAUCAACGAGCUCCUCAUUGAGCUAAUGAAGAAAUACAACAAUCAGCAGAUCGACUAUGGCUACAACGUGACCGACGUGGAAGUUGAUAGCAACUCAGCCGAUGACCUUGACGCCUAUCCAGUCAAGGUGACUACGGAAAAAGAUGGAAGGACGCAGGUUUUUGCAGCCAAGUAUGCCUUGGCGUGUGAUGGGGCACACAGUGUUGUCCGCAAAGCCCUUGGGUACAAAAUGAUCGGUGACAGCAGUGAUGCAGUUUGGGGUGUCAUGGAUAUGGUGCCCCGCACUAAUUUCCCAGAUAUACGCAAGAAGUCUACGCUUCGCUCCAAAUCAGGAAAUAUCUUGAUCAUCCCCCGGGAGGGUGAGAGCAAUAACCUAACCAGAUUUUAUAUUGAACUUGCUCCGGGAACCAACCCGAAGGAGGUCACAUUGAAAGAAUUACAGGAAAAAGCUCAAAGUAUCUUUUAUCCUUACAAGAUUGACUUUUUGGAAACCAUCUGGUGGUCAGCAUAUGCAAUCGGGCAGCGUCAUGCCGACUUCUUCCACAGGGACCACCGAGUAUUUUUGGCCGGUGACGCUUGCCAUACUCACUCGCCCAAGGCAGGUCAGGGUAUGAACGUCAGUCUGCAGGAUGGCUAUAAUAUUGGCUGGAAACUUGGCGAGGUUCUGACUGGUCUAGCCUAUCCAUCGCUUCUUGAAACUUAUGUUUUAGAACGUCAAAAGGUCGCCAUUGAUUUGAUUGAUUUUGACCGUUAUUUCUCGAAAUUGUUCUCAUCGGGCGCUCAAACCUCCCCUGUCGAGUUUCAGGAGGGUUUUAUCCAAGCUGGGAAAUAUACUGCUGGGUUGACAGCCAAGUACGAUGUGUCGCCCAUCACUUCGACGUUGGAAUCUACACAGCUUUCCUCCAACGUGAUUGUCGGCAUGCGGCUUCCCAGCGCACAGGUCGUACGAUUCUGUGACUCUAAGCCUCUACAGCUCAUGCAUUCCCUCAAAUCGGACGGCCGAUGGCGUAUUAUGGCUUUCGUGGGUGACUUGAGUGUAUCAGAGAACAAGAGAAAGCUCAACAAGCUCGGAGAGUAUCUGAGCGCAGCCGAUGGCCCAAUCUAUAGCUUCACACCCCGGAAUCAGGAAUGUGAUAGCCUGAUUGAGACCAUUUUGAUCGGUCAUGGAGAACGACACGGGGUAGAACUGGACCAAAUCCCCGAAUGCUUUUACCCAAUCUCCGGCAAAAACCAGACUCGAGAUCUUCACAAGAUAUACUAUGAUGAUGAGAGUUUUAACAAGGGCCACGGUCAUGUAUAUGAGCACCUGGGCAUCGAUCCAAUGCAAGGUGCCAUCAUCAUUGUCAGACCAGAUCAAUAUGUUUCUGCCGUUAUGGGACUAGCCGAUUAUCCUGAAAUUGGCAAAUUCUUUGCUGGGUUCCUCAAACGCCAAAUGUAG